UUGAAUAUCGCCAAUCCGGCCACUGGUUGCCAAAAAUUGAUCGAUAUUGAUGAUGAACGAAGAUUGUGGGUACCAAAGAAAAGCGAAUUUAAAAUACUCGACAAACAUGCUGAUUUGGAUCAUAUUUGUUUUUUGGUGCAACUCUUGAAUAGACGUGUCUUUUAUGACAAAAGAAUCAGCGCUGAGGUUCCUGGAGAUUCUAUCGGAGAUGAAUUUAAGGGCUACGUGUUCCGAAUUUCUGGAGGAAAUGACAAACAAGGCUUUCCUAUGAAGCAAGGUGUCUUACGCAACGAUCGUGUACGGCUCUUGUUAUCCAAGGGGCAUUCAUGUUACAGGCCUCGUCGCACUGGUGAACGUAAAAGGAAAUCCGUUCGUGGGUGUAUCGUCGGGAGUGACCUUUCUGUAUUGUCUUUAGUCGUAGUUAAACAGGGCGAACAGGAUAUUCCGGGACUAACUGAUAAUGCCGUUCCCAAACGUUUGGGUCCCAAGAGAGCCUCAAAAAUUCGCAAGUUUUUUAACCUAUCUAAGGAGGACGAUGUCCGUAAAUUUGUCAUCCGCCGUGAAGUUCAACCAAAAAAAGAAGGCAAGAAGUCUUAUACAAAAGCUCCCAAAAUUCAACGCCUUGUAACUCCUCUUACCUUACAGCGAAAACGUCAUCGCAUCGCUCUUAAGCGUAGAAGAGCUCAGGCAGCCAAAGCGGCAGAAGAAGAAUAUGCAAUCCUGCUUGCCAAACGUGUAAAGGAGCAAAAAGAAAGGAAAGCAGAUCUUAAAAAGAAAAGAGCUACAGCUCAUAAA